GGGAGGCCGGUGCCGCCCGGACGCGGAGCUCCGGUGCCGCCGCCGCCGCCGCCCCCGGGAGCGCAGGCGCCGCCCCGCCCGCCCUUUCCGCUUCCGCCGCCGGAGCCGCCGCCAUGAUCGGGGACCUGCUGCUCUGCGGGACGCUGCUGAUGAACGCGGGCGCCGUGCUCAACUUCAGGCUGAGGAAGAGAGACACGGAGGGCUUCGGCGAGGAGGCGAGGGAACCUACCACCGGUGAUAAUAUCAGAGAGUUUUUGCUGAGUCUCAGAUAUUUUCGAAUCUUCAUUGCUUUGUGGAAUGUCUUCAUGAUGUUCUGCAUGAUUGUGUUAUUUGGAUCUUGAAAGUCACCCGCAAACAUGUCUGUUAACUUGGAAGAGACUUUUGGCUGGAAACGCAAUUUUUUCUAUAAAAGAUUAUAAUGCUUUCAAAAUACAGCCCUGGGAUUGUGGCCUGUUCUUCGGCGCAAGCUCCUCUAACACGUUCCAGGGACAGGAGAUGUUCCUCCUCUUCAGCCUGUCCCGUAACACACGGUGCAUGCGGGGUCACUUGCUGCCGGGGGGACAGAGCCUUUAGGUCCCCGAGCCAAAAAUCUUCAAAGUAAAAUUAUUUCAACUUUACUGAAAUAAAGAGAACUUUAAAUUGUUUUGCCAGGCUUAGGGAGCGCGGUACCUGGUAUGCGGGGUGGAAUCGGAGCACGCCCGAAGACCACAAUCUUAAAACUCUGCGUUGUUAGUCACUCCCAGCUCGUCAUGUGUCUGCUGAUGUCACCAUUGUCUGGCGGCCUUGGAAGUCGCGCUUCUCAUUUUUAUAACGUUGAGCAAAGCGUUGGUGGAACUUCUCACUAUUCCAUGUAGUUUUGUUGGAGAAAAGGAUGAUUUAAAAAAAUGGGGUUCUUGCCUCCUGUUUUUCCAACAAAAUGCUUUGUAAAUUAAAAUUUCAAAGACAAGAAAUUUUUUUUUCUAAGCAAUAUGUAAGGGAUUUUGAAUAGGAAAAAUGGCAAAAAUAAUUCUAUAGUCAAUGCAAAGGAAUAGUUUUGGAAUAAUCUUGGAUUUGGUUGAAUAAAGUUUUAUUUAAGGGUAAAAUACA